AAAAGGAGAAAAAUUUAAUUCCUCUGACAAAGAAAAACCCCGAAUUAAACCCUAAUUUGCGCCGGUUGCUUUAGCUAAGCAGCACCUUCGCCUUAUAAGUCCUCUGUAGUGUUUCAAUUCAUUAAGCUGAUGCUAUGGCUGUAAUCGAUAGCCAUGGCAACAAGUUGAGCGAGUCCUCCGUUAAUGCGGAGGAAAAUCCUCAAACACUAUCUUCUCCGGAACCUGGCGCCACUGUGAAGAGGGAGAAAAAGAGAAAGAAAAGAAACGAGGGAUCAAACGUACAGUUUCAGGCUGAGGUAUGCCCGAAACCCUUAGUAGACUCACCAUUUUCUCAAGAGGGAAAUGUUGAAGCCGCUGCAGAUAAUGCUAGCCCAAACCCCAAGAAGAAGAAGAAGAGGAUUAAGAAUGUGCAUGGUGAUCAACAACUUCAGGCAUCUGAGCCUUCAAUUGCGGUUUGUGUGGAAUCCGAUGAUACAAAGGGAGAAGGAGUUCGACAAGGUGAUGCUAAUGGUAACGGAGAUUUGCUCCCUAAACCCUUAUUAGAUACACCAGUCCCAAUUGUUUCCCAUCAGGAAAAUUCUGAAGGAACUGCAUUGAAUCCUGACGCAACCCCAAAAAAGAAGAGAAAGAAGAAAAUUUUGCAAAUUGCAGAGGAAACAUGUGACCCUUCAAUCCGGAUAGGUGUGGAACCUCAUGUUGCAAAGGAUGAAGGAUCACGAGAAGGUGAUGUUAAUGAUAAUGGGGGUUUGUACUCUAAACCCUUGGUAGAUACAUCAGUUCCAAUUGUUUCCCAUGUGGAAAAUGCCGAAGCAAAUGUACUUAACCCUGGCGCAACCCUAAAGAAGAAGAGGAAGAAGAAGAUUUUGCAAGGUGCAGAGGAAAUAUGUGAGCAUUCAAUCCGGAAAGAUGUGGAACCUGAUGUUACGGAGGUUGAAAGAUCACGAGAAGGUGAUGUUAAUGAGAAUGAGGGUUUGUGCCUUGAACCCUUACUGGAUAAAAAAAUCCCAAUUGUUUCCCAUGAAGAUGCUGAGAGAACUGCACGGAACCCUAGCCCAACCCCCAAGAAGAAGAGGAUGAAGAAGAUUUUGCUAGGAGCCGAGGAAAAAUACGAGCCUUCAAUUCGGAUACGUGUGGAACAUGAUGUUAAAAAGGAUGAAGGAUCACCGGAAGGUGAUGUUAAUGAGAAUGAAUGUUUGUGCCCUAAACCCUUAUUGGAUACACCAAUCCCAAUUGUUUCCCAUGAGGAAAAGGCCGAAGGAACUGCACAGAGCCCUAUCCCAACCCCUAAGAAGAAGAAAAAGAAAAAGAUUUUGCAAGCUGCAGAUCAAAUAUGUGAACCUUCAAUCCAGACAGGUUUGGUGCCUGAUGUUCCGAAGGAUGAAGGAUCUCGGGAAGAUGGGGUUGAUGAGAAUGGGGGUUUGGGCCCUGAUCCCUUACUGGAUACAAAAAUCCCAGUUGUAUCCCAUGAGGAGAAUGCUGAUGGAACCGCACAGAACCCUAGCCCAACCCCCAAGAAGAAGAAGAAGAAGAAGAUUUUGCAAGGUGCCGAGGAAAAAUAUGAGCCUUCAAUUCGGAUAGGUGUGGAACCUAAUGUUAAAAAGGAUGAAGAAUCACCGGAAGGUGAUGUUACUGAGAAUGAAUGUUUGUGCCCUAAAUCCUUAUUGGAUACACCAAUCCCAAUUCUUUCCCAUGAGGAAAAGGCCGAAGGAACUGCACAGAGCCCUAUCCCAAUCCCUAAGAAGAAGAAAAAGAAAACGAUUUUGCAAGCUGCAGAUCAAACAUGUGAACCUUCAAUCCAGAUAGGUUUGGUGCCUGAUGUUGCGAAGGAUAAAGGAUCACGAGAAGUUGAUAUUAAUGAGACUGGUGGUUUGUGCCCGGAGCCCUCACUGGAUUCAAAAAUUCCAUUUGUUUCCCAUGAGGAGAUUGCUGAGGGAACUGCACGGAACCCUAGCCCAACCCUCAAGAGGAAGAGGAAGAAGAAGACUUUGCAAGGUGUCGAGGAAAAAUGUGAGCCUUCAAUCCAGAUAGGUGUGGAAACUGAUGUUAAGAAGGAUGAAGGAUCACGGGAAGGUGAUGUUAAAGAGAAUGAGUGUUUGAGCCCUAAACCCUUAUUGGAUACACCAAUCCCAAUUGUUUCACAUGAUGAAAAGGCCGAAGGAACUGCAGAGAGCCCUAUCCCAACCCCUAAGAAGAAGAAAAAGAAAACGAUUUUGCAAGCUGCAGAUCAAACAUGUGAAUCUUCAAUCCAGAUAGGUUUGGUGCCUGAUGUUGCGAAGGAUAAAGGAUCACCAGAAGUUGAUAUUAAUGAGACGGGUGGUUUGUGCCCGAAGCCCUUACUGGAUUCAAAAAUUCCAUUUGUUUCCCAUGAGGAGAUUGCUGAGGGAACUGCACGGAACCCUAGCCCAACCCCCAAGAGGAAGAGGAAGAAGAAGAUUUUGCAAGGUGUCGAGGAAAAAUGUGAGCCUUCAAUCCAGAUAGGUGUGGAAACUGAUGUUAAGAAGGAUGAAGGAUCACGGGAAGGUGAUGUUAAAGAGAAUGAGUGUUUGAGCCCUAAACCCUUAUUGGAUACACCAAUCCCAAUUGUUUCACAUGAGGAAAAGGCCGAAGGAACUGCACAGAGCCCUAUCCCAACCCCUAAGAAGAAGAAAAAGAAAACGAUUUUGCAAGCUGCAGAUCAAAUAUGUGAACCUUCAAUCCAGAUAGAUUUGGAACCUAAUGUUGCGAAGGAUGAAGUAUCACGUGAAGGUGAUCUUAAUGAGAAUGGGGGUUUGUGCCCUGAACCCUUACUGGACACAAAAAUUCCAAUUGUUUCCCAUGAAGAGAAUGCUGAGGGAACUGCACGGAACUCUAGCCCAACCCCCAAGAGGAAGAGGAAGAAGAAGAUUUUUCAAGGUGCAGAGGAAAAAUAUGAGCCUUCAAUCCAGAUAGGUGUGGAACCUGAUGCUAACAAGGAUGAAGGAUCACCGGAAGGUGAUGUUAAUGAGAAUGAGGGUUUGUGCCCUAAACCCUUAUUGGAUACACCAAUCCCAAUUGUUUCCCAUGAGGAAAAGCCCGAAGGAACUGCACAGAGCCCCAUCCCAACUCCUAAGAAGAAGAAAAAGAAAAAGAUUUUGCAAGUUGGAGAUCAAAUAUAUGAACCUCCAAUCCAGAUAGGUUUGGUGCCUGAUUUUGCAAAGGAUGAAGGAUCACGAGAAGAUGGUGUUAAUGAGAAUGAGGGUUUGUGCCCUAAACCCUUAUUGGAUACACCAAUCCCAAUUGUUUCCCAUGAGGAAAAGCCCGAAGGAACUGCACAGAGCCCCAUCCCAACUCCUAAGAAGAAGAAAAAGAAAAAGAUUUUGCAAGUUGGAGAUCAAAUAUAUGAACCUCCAAUCCAGAUAGGUUUGGUGCCUGAUUUUGCAAUGGAUGAAGGAUCACGAGAAGAUGGUGUUAAUGAGAAUGGGGGUUUGGGCCCUGAUCCCAUACUGGAUACAAAAAUCCCAGUUGUAUCCCAUGAGGAGAAUGCUGAGGGAACUGCACGGAACCCUAGCCCAACCCCCAAGAGGAAGAAGAAGAUUUUGCAAGGUGCCGAGGAAAAAUGUGAACCUUCAACCCGGAUAGGUGUAGAACCUGAUGUUAAGAAGGAUGAAGGAUCACGGGAAGGUGAUGUUAAUGAGAAUGAGGGUUUGUACCCUAAACCCUUACUGGAUAUACUAAUCCCAAUUGUUUCCCAUGAGGAACAGGCCGAAGGAAUGGCUCAGAGCCCUAUCCCAACCCCCAAGAAGAAGAGGAAGAAAAAGAUUUUGCAAGAUGCAGAUCAAAUAUGUGACCCUUCAAUCCAGAUAGGUUUGGAACCUGAUGUUGCUAAAGAUGUAGGAUCACGAGAAGGUGAUGUUGAUGAGAAUGGUGUUUUGUGCUCCUUAUUGGAUACACCAAUCCCAAUCGUUUCCCUUACUGAAAAUGUUGAAGCAACCACACAGAUCCCUAGCCCAACCUGCAUGAACAGGAGUUGGCCAAGUGGUGAACAAAUAUGUGACCCUUCAAUCCAGAUAGGUGUGGAACCUGAUGUUACAAACGAAGAAGGAUGGGGAAGAGCUGAUGCUGUUGUGAAUGGGGGUUUGUGCCCCAAAACAAUAGACGGACCACUCCCAGUUGUUCCCCCCAAGGAAGAUGCUAUAGCAAUUGCACAGAACCCUAGUCCAAAUCCCAAGAAGGAGAAGAAGGAGAGUUUGCAUGGUGCACAGCAAAUAUGUGAUCCUUCCAUCCUGAUAGAUGUGGAAUCUCGUGUGCCAAAUGCAGAAGGAGGACAUCAAGGUUCUGAAAGAGCUGAGACAAGUACACAGAACCCUAACCCAACUCCCAAGAGAAAGAAGGGGAAGAAUGUGCAAGGUGAACAGCAACAACUUCAGAUUUGUGACCACUCAAUCUCGAUAGGUGUGGAAUCUGAUGUUAAGAAGGAAGGAGCAAAACAAGUUAAAGCUCAUGAAGUUGGGGUAUCAGGAAUAAGUGAAGAACACCCUGUACCUGAUUCCACAGCCCCAGAAGACACGGACCCGAAAAAGGAUUCUGUGAGGAAAAAAAAGAAAGCCCUUAAGUCUCAAGGGGCUGAAGCUGAAUCAGAACCAGAACCAAAGGAGUCCAAUAGCACAGAGAACCCUCAACAGUGCACCCUGGACCUGAAACUGAAAAGUAAGGUGAAGAAAGGGCCAGGAGCCAACGCUGAGAACUCUGGAGUGUGUUCUAAACCUGAAGUUGCACCCCAAUUAGACACAGCAGCCACUACGGCCUUAGAAAAGGCAGAGCUAAUUGAAGUUAACAUGGAGCAUUCUGAAGCGAGUUCUAAACCUGAAUUACAGCCCUCAAUAGACAUGGCAACUCAAAUGAAGGUCCAAAAGACAAAAAGAACGAGGGAAGAAAAGAAAAAAGAGACAAAUCCGAGCGAAUCACAUGUACAACAUCCUCAACCUCAAACUUGUUCUAACCAUGCACCUGCAGUUCGAGGAAUAAUUGAAGAAUGCCCUGGACCUGAAGGGGCAGAAUCCAGUGAUGGCAAGCCACCUGAAACGCCAGUCCAGGGAUUUUUAUAUCCUGCAGUAGCACUAUCAAUAGACCCUAAAAUCCCAGACCAAGCUUCCCGAAAAGACACAGCAACCCCAAUAGACCAAGAUCAGAAGGUGAGUAAGAAAAAUAAGAAGAGUAAUCAUGUAGCUGCCCCCUCAAUAGAGCCAACAAUUCAAACAGGUCAAGAUCCCCCAGUAGACCCUGCAACCCCAGUAGACCCAGAACAGAUGACGAAGAAGAAGAGUAAGAAAAGUAACAGUGCACUAAAAAACAAAGGGUUAGAAUCUGAGAAACGCAAUGCUGAUCUAAAUGCAGAAACCGCAGUUCAGAAAAUAGAAAGACCCACAGCCAAAAAAUCUAUGGGCAGACACAAUGCAGAACCAGCUGCUAAAAGCCCGGUUCGUAGAACUGAACAUCUCAAAGUCACUGAAUCUCCCUCUAAACGACAUGGUGAUAGUUCCUUGAGUUGCGAGGCAUGCCAACAGCUUGGUCACAGAUUAGAUCAAUGCAAGAGGUUGAGAUGUCUUUCCAAGAAAGAAGAAGUCUGCUUCUUUUGUGGUAAAAUUGGUCAUUCACUUGGAAAAUGUGGUGUCUCUCAAGCCGGGGGAAGGUUUGCGAAGUGCUUACUCUGUCAUGAACAUGGACACUUCGGCUAUAACUGCCCUCAAAGUGAAAAUGGAAAAAAGCGUAAGGAGCUUGUAGCAAAUGGGGCUUCCAGUGGAAGUGAAAUAAGGUCUGCUAAGUGCUCACUCUGUCAUAAACGUGGGCACCGCAGCAGUAACUGCCCCCAAAAUCGUCAUGAUCCAAAGGUGCUUGCAGUCAAUGGGGCCGUCAGCAGAAGUCGUUAAACAUCUUGAUAUGGACAAUUAAUUUGGUCAAGCAGCAGUGGAAACUAAAGGACAACCUCUUCCCGAAGUUUAAUGUGAGCAGUACGGUCUUUCUGAUGAGCACGAGUCAAUUUACACCAGUACUCCCGCACUCGUGGAUCCCAGUUCCUCUGCCUUAAGAUUUGAUGAUUAUAUCAUGUCUGUUAGACAUGAUUUCCCAAUUUUGGUAGUUUAAAAUUCUCUAUAUGUAGCAAACGGCAAUAUUAUUUCAGACCUUAUUGGGUUUUUCGUA